AUGUCUCGCACAGAUAGCAGCCAAGCCAAAGCGAGUGUGGCGACGAACAGGCCCGGUAGCGGUCUAUCAGGAGCCUCCAAACCUUCGUUUGUACCAUCCGCGCGACAAAAGGAGGAUCAAGCAGCGAGAGAAGAUUCAAGUGCAUUCGCGCCCCCAGGAUCGAAACCAUCAUUGUCACGUACACCCUCUACUAAUACCAUCACACAGUCGAAGGCCUUGGGCCAACAUGCUUCGGUGCGGAAUUCAGGCUUUCGACCACCACAGAAAGAAGAUAAUCAGAAGACAAACUAUCCAAGCUCGACACAGACUAGACCACAGGAACCUGUGCGAGUUUCCAGCCAGAGCUCACCCGCUGAUUCUGCUUCUUCUUCCAGUAGCUCUUCUCUCUCAAACUCUGGUCAUGACAAUCUCGCCACACGCAGCCAGCUGUUCAAAAGACCCCCUCGCUUUCAGAGAGCUCAGCCUGCCAAAGAGUUGCUCACAUAUGAUGAAGAUGUGGAGGAUCCCGAUGAUCGUUCCCAAGAUGCUAGUACGGACUAUCCGUUCGCGCGCGCGAGUAGACAAACGAGGACGAUGGGUAUUAUCAACGAAAGAAGUCGCAAUAGCGCAGCAUCCGCGGGGCGAAAAGAGAAGAUUUCUAGUAUGCGCAGCGAUAAACGCUUGACCAAGACCGACAAGAAAACGGUACAACCGGCACCAGGACCUGAGACAAGCUCAUCAAUGACCAGUUCUGUCAGCGAAGCUACAAACCCAGAUGUUCGAAGUCCCGAGCCCUCGAGUGGCAAUCAUCGGGCGGCUAUGGCGCAGCUCAGUCCAAGGAGUAGAGGAGCUAGGUCAAGGAAGGAGGGUAGUGAAGGUACACCAAGUAUGGGGAGCAGCUUCAGCGAUAUUGAUGAUACGAGUAUCAGCCAGUCCGCUCUCGAAGAAGCGCUGCUGAGUAACAUCCAGCACGGCCGCAUGAGUACCUUGAGCCAGCUGAGAUCGCGGUACCUGUAA